AUCCCCAUCGUACGCCUCUCCAGCACACGCGCUUCGCGCAUUUUAGCACGCAACCCAAUCCAGCGCGCUAUUAAAAAAAAAAAAAAAUAAAAAGGGUGGAGCAGAGCGUAAGCGUAGACGACCAUCCUCUCCCAGGACUCCUUAUCUCUCCCCCUCGAAUAAGAUUCAGUGGAAACUACGGUUUCGAUCGUCGGAGGCAAAAACCCUAGCUCGAUGUGGGGGAACGGAGAUCGAUUCUAUUGGGGGAGGAGGAAGGAGGGAGGAGGUUGCAGAGGGAUCCUGGUGGUGUUCGCUUGGUUACGGAGCGAGGAGAGGAGUUUGAAGCCCUACGUUGAUCUCUACGGAUCUCUUGGAUGGAAUUCUCUCGUUUGCCACGUCGAACUUCUUACUCUAUUUAGGCCCGGAAAGGCAUUAUCUCUAGCAUCUGGGAUUCUAAAUGAGCUAGUUAAGGAAGUGAACGUGAGGCCGGUACCUAUUGUUCUAGUAUCUUUUUCUGCAGGAGCGAAAGGCUGCAUGAAUAAGGUUCUACAGUUGGUUGAGGGAAACUCUGAAAGACGACUUACUAAGGAUGAUUAUCAGUUGGUGAGGGAAUGUAUCUGUGGACAAAUUUACGAUUCAAGUCCUCUAGACUUCACUAGUGAUUUACGCACUCAAUAUCUCCUUCACCCAUCCAUCCUGAAAAUGUCUCACCCACCAAGAAUAGUACCUUGGAUGGUAAGAGGCUUUGUAUCGGGUCUUGAUGCUUUCUUCCUAAACAAAUUUGAAGAACAACGUGCCGAGUAUUGGCAGACUCUGUACUCCUCAGUUAGCAUGGGACCAUUUCUCCUACUUUGCUCAAAAGAUGAUGACCUUGCUCCCUACCAAAUUAUCUGCAGUUUUGCUCAACGCUUGCGGGACCUUGGUGGUGACAUUAAGCUUGUGAAAUGGAACACGUCUCCUCAUGUAGCUCAUUACAAGUACCACGAAGCAGAAUACAAGGCUGCAGUAUCUGAGUUCCUCGCCAAAGUAACUAUCAUCUAUUCAAGUAGACAGCAGCUUGCUAAAGAAACUCGAGGAAAAGAACGAGUCAGUAAUCCUCGCAGAACUGUAAUAAACCCAGACAAGAGCCUUGCUAUUGAGCCAGCUGAUGAUUUCUUCUUACCGAGCUCAAUGGAAUUCAGUGAAACAAGAGAGGCAAACUCUUCAGCCGAUGAACAAAAUACAAGCUCGGUUCAGCUUCCAAGCAUAAAUCCCCAUGGAGUUCUCAGCCAAAUCCUUUUUGAUGUUUGCGUUCCGAGAAAUGUUGAAGGUUGGGAUAUAAAACCAGGCAUGUCAUUGAAUAGGAGGCAUAACUUUACUCCUGGCGGAAGGUUAAAUCCUAUGAAAUUCAUCCGACGAUCAAGAUUAUAAUCUCUUUUAGUCUUUUUUUUUAUUUCUUUUUCAAAUAAUUAUUUGAAUACCUUGAGGACUACGAUUGAUGUGAAUAUGAUCAGAGAGGAGUAAGAGUAUGGUGUGUGUUGCGUAUACAUCAUGUGUUUUGAUGUACAUUAGCGUGAGGCUUGUAUAUUACCAUUUUACAUUUGUUGUAGCUCUCUACUCGAGAGUUCUGAACAAUAUUAUGACUGACACGUUCAAAUGCUAUUAUGCCAUUCAAAA